UCCUUUUCAUUCUUUCGUACUCUCAAAACCCUAGCCACCACCAGCAAUGCCGCCGAAGUUCGAUCCUACACAGGUCGUCGACGUCUUCGUCCGCGUCACCGGCGGAGAAGUCGGAGCGGCCAGCUCCCUGGCCCCGAAAAUCGGUCCUCUCGGACUGUCACCUAAAAAAAUUGGUGAAGACAUUGCCAAGGAAACCGCUAAGGAUUGGAAGGGCCUCCGCGUUACCGUCAAGCUGACGGUCCAAAAUCGCCAGGCCAAAGUAACUGUCGUCCCCUCCGCUGCGGCGUUAGUUAUUAAGGCGCUGAAGGAGCCCGAGCGUGACCGCAAGAAGACCAAGAACAUCAAGCAUAACGGAAAUAUCUCCCUCGACGAUGUCAUUGAGAUCGCCAAGGUGAUGAGGCCUCGUUCCAUGGCCAAGGAUUUGGCUGGCACUGUCAAGGAGAUUCUAGGCACUUGCGUUUCUGUUGGAUGCACUGUCGAUGGAAAGGAUCCCAAGGAUUUGCAGCAGGAGAUCUCCGAUGGCGAUGUGGAAAUUCCCCAAGAUUGAGCGGGAGGAGGUUGAGUUUGUAAUUCCCAAUUUCAUAUAGUUUUUGUUAUUUAUCGUCUUUUAUUUACAACUGGUUUUUGAGGAGGGAACUGUUUUGAGCAUUUUUUUUAUGUGAGGUGGAAACAUCACGAUGAAAUAUGCUAUUAAUGGUAUUAGUACUUUUAUAUUACAAUGUAGUUUGAAGAUUGUUAUGAUCUUUUUUGGACCAAAUGUUAUUUUGUUUCUUGCGGUA